ACGUUCCACAGACGCUUCUUAGGCGCAGCCUGCCGAUAUUUAAAGGGGCCGAAGCCGGGGGAAAUGCGGGCGUGAUGGAGCCGUGCUUUGAAGACUUCGGCGGGCCCUGAACGUGGGGCUCCAGGAUCCCGAGUGGACAUGGUGGAGUAAGCUGGGGGAGGCGGCGGCGGCGGCGGCGGCGCGCCUUUUGACUGCUCUAGUCCUCCUUACAAGAAACGCUGUGCCUUUAACAGUUGUGCGGGGCCACUAUGGACCAAUAUAGCAUCCUGGGCCGUAUUGGAGAAGGGGCCCAUGGCAUUGUUUUCAAAGCCAAGAACAUAGAAACUGGCGAGACAGUGGCCCUGAAGAAGGUGGCUCUCCGUAAGCUGGAGGAUGGGAUCCCCAACCAAGCCCUUCGGGAGAUCAAAGCCCUGCAAGAGAUUGAGGAAAAUCAGCAUGUGGUGAAGCUGAAGGACGUCUUCCCCCACGGCACGGGCUUUGUGCUGGUGUUCGAGUACAUGCUGUCCGACCUGUCGGAGGUGAUUCGCAACUCUGAGCAGCCUCUCAUGGAGGCCCAGGUGAAGGGCUACAUGCUCAUGCUGCUCAAGGGGGUGGCCUUCUGCCACGCCAACUCCAUCAUGCACCGGGAUCUGAAGCCGGCAAAUUUGCUGAUCAGCUCCACGGGGCAACUGAAAAUUGCGGACUUUGGCCUGGCCAGAGUGUUCACCAGCGACGGAGAGAGGCUGUAUAGCCACCAAGUGGCCACCAGGUGGUAUCGGGCCCCUGAACUCCUGUACGGCGCCAGGAAGUAUGACGAAGGUGUGGAUCUGUGGGCUGUGGGCUGCAUCUUUGCAGAACUUCUCAACAAUUCCCCGCUCUUUCCUGGAGAGAACGACAUCGAACAGCUGUGUUGCGUCCUCCGCGUGCUUGGGACGCCCAACCAGAAGAUCUGGCCGGAGAUCACCGAGCUGCCUGAUUAUAACAAGAUCUCCUUCAAAGAGAAGCUGCCCAUUCCUCUGGAGCAGGUGGUGCCUGAUGCCUCCCUGCAAGCUGUGCAGCUCCUGAAGCAGUUCCUGGUCUACCCUUCCAAACAGCGGGUGCAGGCAGCACAGGCACUGUUGCACCCCUACUUCUUCACACCCCCGUUGCCGGCCCACCACUCAGAGCUGCCCAUUCCCCACUGUGGGGGCAAAAAGGCCCAUCAGGGUCCUCAGCACCAGCGUGACUUCCAUGUGGAGCAGCCGCUGGAGGAGUCGGUCGUGGACCUGGAGCUUGUGGCACCAUAUGUGAUUGACGUGUGAAGAGGGCAUCUCUCUGGCUCAGCACGAGGCUCCAGCUUUUGUGCUGUCUUCUGGGUUGGGGGGGGUAGCUUGCCCCAUAAAGCAAGUGUGGGCCAAUUGCGGCUCCCCAGAUGUUUUGGCCUACAACUCCCAGCAGCCCUAGCCAGCAUAGCCAAUGGUGAGGGAUCAUGGGAGAUGUAGGCCAGAACAUCUGGUGGCCCGCAAGUUGCCCACCCUUGCCUUAAGGGGAGCUAGUGAACUGAGCGGGUAUGCAGGGGAUAGCCAGAGAGAGAGAGAGAGAGAGAGAGAGAGAACUGAUGCAAGUGCAGCUGUUGCCACAGCAGUAGAAGCUCGAGAAGCUGUUCCAGCCCAAAUGCUGGUCUUAAAGGGACAUGAUCAUACUUGUUGCCCACCAACACACAACAAGGCCACAACGUAUCCUGAAGAGCAAGUUCCUUAUUCCUCUGAAGUUGGCCCAGAAAGGUGGCGGGGAGUCCCAAAAAGGUGCCAGCUGCUGCCCCCCCCCCCAUUUUGGUCCUUUCCUUCCAGGCCUUUGAAGCCUUUGCUGUCUUUAUCUCAUCAGCUGUUUUGUAGCGGUGGUGGUGCAGUUAUGCAGCAGUUCCGCAAGGUUUUGUCAUUAAACAAUUGGUAAUUGUAAAUCAAA